AUGACGACGCUGCACCCGCGCCCGCCCUACUCAGACGCCGAGCUCGCCCAGCUCUACCCGCGCCAGCUUCACCUCCAACAAGUCCAGAUCCUGCUCCGCCACGGCGAGCGCACCCCCAUCAACGCCCGCUUCGCAAACGCCGGCCUGCCCGCCUUCUGGCCCUACUGCAGCGCCGUGCGCCGCCUCCGCGCCGCCGUCCUUGGCCCCUCCGGCCCCGGCGCCGAGUCCGUGUCCGCCGCCGACGGCACCUUCUCCGAGAUGCGCUGGCGCCGCCGCCUCGAGACCUUUGACGCAAACGCCAACGACGACGCCGCCGUCCCGGCCUCCGGUCCCAACGGCGAGCUGGACUCCCUCUGCGACCUGGGCAUGCUGACGGACCGCGGCCGCGAGACCACCUACGCCCUCGGCACCCGUCUCCGGAAGCUCUACGUCGACCACCUGGGCUUCUUGCCCGCCAGCAUCAAGGACGCCGACUUCCUCUACCUCCGCACGACGCCGAUCCCGCGCGCCCUCGAGUCCAUGCAGCAGGCCUUCCUCGGCCUCUACCCGCCGCACACCCGCGCCCCCGACUUCCCGCCCCUGACCAUCGUCUCGCGCUCCCCGGCCGACGAGACCCUCUUCCCCAACGACAGCAACUGCCGCCGCUUCGCCUUUCUGUCCCGGGCCUUUGCCCAGCGCGCCGCCGACCGCUGGAACGACUCGGACGACAUGGCCUACGUCAACAGGAAGCUGGCCAAGUGGAUGCCCGCCGACAGCCCGCGCAUCGCCGUCGACUCCCGCCCGCGCCUCAUCGGCAUCAUGGACACCGUCACCUCCACCAUGGCCCACGGCCCGGCCACGCGCCUCCCCAAGGAGUUUUACGACCCCAAAGCCCGGAGCAUCAUGGAGACCGUUGCCGUCGAGGAGUGGUUCGCCGGGUACAAGGAGAGCCGGGAGUACCGCGCCCUGGGCAUUGGCUCCCUGCUGGGAGACGUCGUCGCCCGCAUGGUUUCCACCGCCGAGCGCAACGUGCCGGCCCCAGACGCCGAAUUUGUCCAGACGCCCGGCCAGCACGGCGCCAUCGACGGCCAGAAGAGCAAGAACAACAAGAACAGCGGCGACGAUGACGCUGCCGGCUUCCGCUUCGGCCUCAGCGGCUGCCACGACACCACCCUCGCCGGCAUCCUCGCCAGCCUAGGCGCCUUCGGCAACGACGCCUGGCCGCCCUUUACAAGCCACAUCGCCAUCGAGCUCUUCCGCUCCAACACCACCAACAACAACAACUCCUCCUCCUCCUCCGACACCACCACAAAACCAUCCUCCUCCCUCAUCCCCUCCCUCUGGCCCUCCUCCAAACCCACCCCCAUCGGCCGCAAACCCACCCCAUCCCUCACCCCGCGCGAAAAGGAGUCUCUGCAGGGCUACUUCGUGCGCCUGCGCUACAACGACACCCCCGUCGUGAUCCCCGGCUGCAAGACGCCCGGCAACCACCUCGACGGCGAAGAGUCCUUUUGCACGCUCGCCGCCUUCAAGGCCAUCGUCGACAAGUUUACCCCGCGCGACUGGAAGACCCAGUGCCGUACCAACGUUAAGGCGCCCGCGUUCCCCGACAAGGCUGAGCCUGCUGGGUAUUGA